AUGUCGGACGAAAUUGUCUGGCAAGUUAUUAACCAGCAGUUCUGCUCCUACAAACUCAAAACCACCAAGGGCCAAAAUUUCUGUCGCAAUGAAUACAACGUCAGCGGUCUCUGCAACCGACAGUCCUGCCCGCUCGCCAACUCUCGGUAUGCGACUGUGCGCUCAGACCCUGAGACGGGCGCAAUGUACCUGUACAUGAAGACCAUCGAACGUGCCCAUAUGCCGAGCAAGUGGUGGGAGCGGGUUCGCUUGCCGUCGAAUUAUGCCAAGGCACUUGAAAUGCUGGACGAGAAGUUGAUCUACUGGCCGAAAUUCCUAAUUCACAAGUGCAAGCAGCGCAUGACGCGGUUGACACAGGUGAACAUUCGCAUGAAGAACAUCGCCAAGGAGGAGGAUCGGCUGGGCGAGACCAUUGUUCCUAAGCUGGCGCCUAAGAUUCGUCGUCGUGAAGCGACUCGUGAGCGGAAGGCCGAGUCCGCGGCGAAGGUUGAGCGCGCUAUUGAACGUGAGCUUAUUGAGCGUCUGCGCAGUGGUGCUUAUGGUGAUCGGCCGCUUAACGUUGAGGAGGGGAUCUGGAAGAAGGUCAUGCGUGGCCUGGAGCGUGCUGGUGAGGGUGAGCGCGAUGAGGAUCUGGAUGAUGGAGAAGAGAUUCUCGAUGAGGAGGAGGAGGGUGUUGGUGAGGUUGAGUAUGUUUCUGACCUUGAUGAGGAGGAGGAUCUGGAGGACAUUGAGGACUGGCUUGGUGGCGACUCUGCCGACUCCAGCGACUACGAUGAGGAGAGUGACGAUGAGAGCGACAGCGGCUCGGAUGAUGAGGCUAGCGAAGAUGAAAAGCCCAAACCUGGUACUAAGCGGAAGCUUGCUGCGCCCCCCCAAGCCUCGCAAGAAGGGCCCCGCAAAGGGCAAGGGAUCGAGUACGAGCAGGAGGACGCUGGUCGGGACUUUGUCAUGGCAUAG